AUGGACGUGCAAAGUCACAAGCCGCAUAGGCAGUCCAAAAAAUCAAAAGAGAAGAAGAAGCAACACUCAGGAGGACCGAACCCGAAGGCAUUCGCGGUCUCCAACCCCGGCAAGCUCGCAAGACAGGCAGCGCGCUCACACGACAUCAAAGAGAAACGGCUACAUGUGCCCCUCGUUGACCGUCUUCCCGAUGAACCUCCUCCGAGACUCGUCACGAUUGUCGGACCGCCAGGUGUGGGCAAAACUACGUUACUCAAAUCUCUCAUACGCCGAUAUGCCAAAGAAACCAUCUCCGACCCCGUGGGGCCGAUUACCGUCGUCACAUCUAAGAAGCAAAGGUUAACCUUCAUCGAGUGUCCGAACGAACUGGAGGCUAUGGUCGACCUUGCCAAAGUGGCCGAUAUCGUGCUUUUGAUGAUUGACGGGAACUAUGGGUUCGAGAUGGAGACGAUGGAGUUCCUCAACAUCCUGGCCGCCACCGGUAUGCCGGGCAAUGUCUUCGGCAUCCUCACCCAUCUCGACCUGUUCCGCAAACCGCAAGCUCUCAAGGAUGCCAAGAAGAGGUUGAAGCACAGGCUAUGGACUGAACUCUACCAGGGAGCCCACUUGUUCUAUCUCUCGGGUGUUCUGAACGGUCGCUACCCGGACCGCGAAAUCCAUAACCUCUCACGCUUCCUCUCCGUGAUGAAGAACCCUAGACCGCUUGUCUGGAGGAAUUCGCACCCGUACACGGUGAUCGACAACUACCGAGACAUAACCCAUCCGACCAGGAUCGAAGACGACGACAAGUGCGACCGAUCAAUUGAGUUGUCUGGCUACCUCCGAGGCACCAACUUUGCCGCCCAGGGACAGAGAGUGCACAUUGCUGGUCUCGGCGAUUUUACAAUAGCCAGUAUGGAAGUUUUGCCCGAUCCGUGUCCAACUCCUGCUAUGGAGCAGGCAAUUGCGAAGGCAACAGGGAAGACGGGGAGGCGGCGUCUUGAUGAGAAGGACAAGAAGCUGUGGGCGCCCAUGGCGGAUCGAAGCGGGCUGAAGAUCACGGGCGAUCACAUCGUCAUCACCAGGGAAAAGGGCUUUGCCUUCGACAAGGACGCUGAGGGAGUUGAGCGCGGCGAGGGCGAGCAGCUCAUUGUCGAUUUACAAGGGGAGAGGAGGUUGCUAGGUCAAACCGACAAGGGAGUUAAGCUCUUUGCGAGCGGGCAGCAAAUCACCGAGGUUCCCGACGGGGGCGAAGGUGAUAGCGGGAGAAAAACCCAAAGAAAGGCGCGAUUUGCCGAGCGGGAUGACUCGGACGAGGAAGAGGAACUGCCAGAAGAUGAGGGGUUUGUCAGCGGUGAUGACCCCAACGAGUCCGAUGUCGAGGCCGAGUUCGACGAAAAGAAGCUGGGGAAGAUGUUCCGGAAACAAGACGACAAGAACAAGGACGAAGAUAUUGCCUUUGCCGACAGCGAUUCCGACCUGGGAUCCCUUUCUGGGGAGGAAGGUUCUGACGAUGAUUUUGAUGGCGAGGAGGAUGGGGAGGAGGACUUCGGCUCAGAUGAGGAAGAAGCGGCACUGAGAUGGAAGGACAAUUUGGUGGAGCGAGCAAGUAUGUUGCACGGGAAAAGGCGACCGUACCGAGCAGUGGACCUCGCAAGGUUCAUGUAUGACGAUACACUCACACCAAAACAAGCUCUCCAGAAAUGGCGUGGUGAGGAGGACGAAGAUAUGGAAGAAGACAUUGAAGAGGAUGACGAAGCAUUUUUCAGGAGGACUGGAAAAGAUGGCGAGGACGAUCUCGAGGAGGACCGAUCAGUGCCCCGGUUUGACUAUCAAGCGCUGGCUGCGAAGUGGUCGAACGAGGAUGCUGUCGAAGCUCUGAGGAGUAGGUUUGCCACGGCCAAUUUGCUCGACGGGGAAAGGGAUCAAGACGAUGAUGACGACGGCGAAGAUGGUGUCGGGGAUGAGGACGGGGACGACGAAGGCGACGGCGCCUUUGAGGAUCUCGAAACAGGGGAAACCCAUGGCCCGGAGGAGCCCGAGCAGCCCGCUGAGAGCCUAGAAGCAGAACGAGAAAAGAACGCGCGCCGCAAAGAAGAACUUAAGCUCCGGUUCGAGGAGGAAGAUCGCGAGGGCUUCAAUAAUGACAAGGCAAUCGCUAGGAGAGAAGGUGGUGACCAAGAGUUCGGCGAGGAUGAGUGGUACGACGCGCAGAAAGCCAUGCUACAGAAGCAACUCGAAAUCAACAAGGCCGAGUUUGAGGAGCUUGAUGAGAGCCAGCGGACUGCAGUUGAGGGCUACCGGGCGGGCAAGUACGCCAAAAUGGUUAUAGAGGGGGUCCCGGCCGAGUUUGUCAACAGGUUCCAGGCGAGGAUGCCCAUUGUCGUUGGUGGCCUUUCGGCUACUGAGGACAGGUUUGGGUUUGUUCAAGUCAGGAUCAAGCGGCAUCGGUGGCAUAAAAAGAUCCUCAAGACAGGUGAUCCCCUAAUCUUCUCCCUCGGCUGGCGAAGGUUUCAGACGUUACCUAUCUACUCAAUAUCGGAUUCUCGGACGAGAAACAGGAUGCUCAAAUACACGCCCGAGCAUAUGCACUGUUUCGGUACCUUUUACGGGCCCUUGAUUGCGCCCAACACAGGCUUCUGCUGCUUCCAGUCCUUCUCAUCCUCUAAUCCGGGCUUCCGCAUCGCCGCAACAGGCACCGUGUUGAGCGUUGACGAGUCUACCGAGAUUGUCAAGAAGCUCAAGCUGACUGGCACGCCGUACAAGAUUUUCAAGAACACGGCAUUCAUCAAGGACAUGUUUAAUUCAGCACUGGAGAUUGCCAAGUUCGAAGGGGCUGCCAUCAAGACGGUUUCCGGGGUGCGCGGUCAGAUCAAGCGGGCUCUCGCCAAGCCAGACGGUCAUUUCAGAGCCACGUUCGAGGACAAGAUCCUCCUCAGCGACAUUGUCUUCUUGCGGGCGUGGUAUCCCAUCAAACCGCACCGCUUCUACAACCCGGCCACGAACCUGAUUGGGUGGCAGAGCAUGCGGCUUACGGGCGAGAUCCGGCGCGACGAGAACAUUGAGACGCCACAGCUCAAGAACAGCCAGUACCGCAAGAUUGAGCGGCCGACGCGGCAUUUCAACCCGCUUAGAGUGCCACGGGCGCUGGCGGCGGAGCUGCCGUUCAAGUCGCAGAUUGUGCAGACCAAGCCGCAGAAGAAGGAGACGUACAUGCAGAAGCGGGCGGUGGUGGUCCGGGGCGAGGAGAAGAAGGCGCGGGACCUGAUGCAGAAACUCACGACCAUCCGGAAGCAGCAGGUGGAGAAGCGCAAGGCCAAGAAGGAGGAGAAGCGGGAGGAAUACAGGAAGAAGGUGGCUGAGAUCGAGGAGAGGCUGCAGAACAAGGAGAAGAGGGAGAAUAAAGCCUACUGGGAGAGGGAGGGCAAGAAGAGGAAGGCGGGAGAUGCCGGGGCUGGUGGCGGGAAACGGAGGAAGUGA